AUGACCCUCACACACAUAUUGACUCUGGUGUGCCUGUGGACACAAGUGGCUAAAACAAGGGAACUUUAUCCUAAGGUGGGGGGCUCAGAAACGCUGACCUGUGAGUGCCCUGACCGAACCUGCCAGAGAGUCUUCUGGUACCGCUUCCUUAAACAGAGUGGCACCUAUCAGUUUCUCAUGCAAUAUAACUCUGCAGGAAGAGAGCUCCACGCUGAUGGUGUGAGUAACAAAACCUGCAGGGGCUCGGUCAGAGAAGGAGUCAAGACACAGUUCAGCCUGCGUCUCCUCAACCUUCAGCCAAAUGACACCGGCGUGUAUUCCUGUGUCCUUCAGUCUACUAGCGCAUCCCAACAAGACCUUUACCCGCCCGGGUACUUCAUCAGGCCAGGAGCCGGGUGUGAACCUGAGAUAAUCUGGACACUGACUGGAUUGGUUGCAACACUGGCUGUAGUACUGACUGGCACCUUGUAUUACUUUAGCCGUCUACCCAAAAAGUGCAGGCAUAACUUUAUAAAAAAAAAAAAAAGACAAUCUGUGUUGAAUGAUCUAACCCAAACAACACGUCUUCAAGUCGGCCCAUUUUCCUACACAGUUUCUUCACUGAGGAUAUAUGUUCUCUGUUGA